CUCCGCGGGGGCGGCGGGCGUAGAAGUAAAACCAGGCCCGAGGAGGGACGCGGGGCUGGAGCCGGAGCCGGAGCGGCGAGGGGAAGGAGAUGAUAGAUAGAAAUGAAUCCUGUACUGCAGGACAGAUACCUAUGUCCUACUUUACCUGCCUGGCUUACUUACUGAAAGAAUGGACUGGCGUGGAGCAUAUUGAAGACUAUCUGAGUUAUGCGGUCUACCUUUUAUGGGUGUUUUUUCCACUUAUAAUAGUUUUUCUUCUUCCGGGAGUUGUUCUUCUCUUCAUCUACAUUUCUGCUAUCUUUGUUCAUAUUUAUAAAAGGAAGAAUGAAUUAAAGGAAGCUUAUUCCAAUGAUUUUUGGGAUGGUGCAAAACAAAUGUUAGCUACACUAUGGGAUGGACAUGCAAGAAUAUGGCAUGGUUAUGAGCUUCAUGGUAUAGAAAAUAUUCCAGAAGGAGCAGGACUUAUUGUGUUUUAUCAUGGAGCAACUCCUGUUGACUAUAUCUAUUUCAUGGCUAAACUUCUUAUACUACAGAAGAGAACCUGCCAUGUAGUAGCUGAUCAUUUCGUCUUUAAAUUACCAGGUUUUAAGCUAUUACUUGAUGUACUUGGAGUUAUGCAUGGACCAAAAGAAGAAUGUGUCAAUGCUCUGAAGAAGGGCCAGCUGGUAGCCAUUUCCCCAGGUGGAGUUCGAGAAGCACUCUUCAGUGAUGAAACAUAUGUUAUUAUGUGGGGUAAUCGAAAGGGCUUUGCUCAGGUGGCCAUUGAUGCAAAAGUGCCCAUCAUUCCUAUGUUUACACAAAAUGUUCGAGAAGGCGUUAGGACAUUAGGAGGAAUAAAAAUGUUUAGGUCACUAUAUGAGCAUCUCAGAUUGCCAUUAGUUCCUAUGUAUGGUGGAUUUCCAGUCAAGCUUCGUACAUUUAUUGGAGAUCCGAUUCCAUAUGAACCAAAUGUAACUGCUGAGGAGCUAACUAUGAAGGCAAAAGCUGCAGUACAGUCUCUAAUAGACAAACAUCAGAAAAUACCUGGAAAUGUAUUUAGGGCUUUAAUGGAACGAUUUCAGACACGACAGAAAGAAGAUUAAGGUGCUCUGAAUAAACAGCUAUUUAGUUAUAAUGUUCUUAAAGUCAUAUUUAUAACUUAUUAACUCUUCUAAUAACAGGUUUAAAAUACUGUCCUAGUGAUACUGCUGUAUAGUUUGUGAUAUAUGAUGCUUUUCUUUGCUCUUCCCCGUGUCCAAUAUCAAGCUCAGGAGCCCAAACUUUAAAUCUUUAAAUCAUUCAUAAUCAUUCAUAAAGUUCUUCACAAGUACAUUCCUACCUUGAAAAUGUUUUUAUGAGAAUGACAUAGCAAGUCUUAAUGUUCAUGAUCUCAUGUCUUUUUUUUUUUUUUUUUUUUUUUUUCUCCUCGUGGUUGCUGUUUAACCUGAAUGGUAGACCU